GAGAUGAGAUAUCACCCUGGAGAGCACCCGUCCAUGAACGCAUAAAGCGCCAAGGCGCCGCAAAGACCCUCUGUUCUGAAGCUUUAUCGGAACAUCAGAAUUUAUCUGAACCUCACUGGAUUGAUCGGAAAAUCUUAAUCAAUGGAGUGGCAUUCAAACGGUUUGGUCAUUUCAUCUCUCCAGGAGGGCUAGGGGGUAAGACAGAGCGCGUGUGAGAGACAGGAGCGAAAGGGAGAGACAGGGGGUGAGGGUGGGGAGGGUGGGACAGGGAAACAUAUCGUUUCAGCAAUGGAGCUCACCAUGGAGAGCCUGCACAGCAUCUCCUCGCACUCCCAGGCGGGAGACCUCAUGAGCUCUCCGCACGCGCGGCCGUCCCCUUCUCCUAGCUCGACUCCCCGGAAUCUGGUCUCGCACGCUCCCGGCGCGCGGUCAGCCAUGGUUUCCGGCAUGGCCUCGCUCCUGGAGGGCUCCGGCGGAGACUACCGGACGGACCCGUCUGCACUGUCCGGACACCUGCACCCUUCCAUCAGCAUGUGCGAGAACGGGAUGAGCCUAAGCAACACGUACACCACUCUGACCCCUCUACAGCAUCUACCUCCCAUAUCCACCGUCUCAGAUAAGUUUCACCACCCGCACUCGCACCACCACGCUGCCGCCCAUCAGCGCCUUUCUGCUGGGAACGUCAGCGGCAGCUUUACGCUGAUGAGGGAUGACCAUCGGGGACUCGCCUCCAUGGGCAACCUGUACAGCCACUAUCCCAAGGAGAUGUCCGUGUCCGGGAUGGGUCACGGCUCGCUCUCGCCGCUGUCCAGCGGGCUGGGUUCUUUGCACAACUCCCAGCAGCCGCUCUCAGCCUACGGCCCGAGCGCGCACCUCUCCACCGACGCUAAGAUGCUCUCUCCAGUGUCCGGGUUUGAGUCCCACGCCUCCAUGCUGUCCCGAAGUGACCAAGAGCACCUGGCCAGGAGUUUAGGGGGGCAUGGCCACGGUAUGAUCUCCAACCUUAACGGAAUGCACCAUCACCCGCACAGUCACCUCCACUCGCAGGCGAACGGCGCGGUGAUGCUGGGGGACCGGGAGAGGCAUGGCCACGGAGCCGGACAGGGAGGAACAGGGUCAGGCAUCCAGGCGGAGGAAAUCAACACAAAGGAGGUGGCUCAGCGGAUAACGGCCGAGUUAAAGCGCUACUCCAUCCCUCAGGCCAUAUUCGCCCAAAGGAUCUUGAGUCGGUCCCAGGGAACCCUCUCAGACCUGCUCCGCAACCCCAAACCCUGGAGUAAACUCAAGUCAGGCCGCGAGACCUUCAGGAGGAUGUGGAAGUGGCUGCAGGAGCCCGAGUUUCAGCGGAUGUCUGCUCUGCGGCUGGCCGCAUGUAAACGGAAGGAGGAGGACAGAGGACGAGAGCGUAACCAGGUGCCAAAGAAGCAGCGACUGGUCUUCACCGACCUGCAGCGUCGUACCUUGGUAGCCAUCUUCAGAGAGAACCGCAGGCCCUCCAAGGAGAUGCAGGUCACCAUCUCGCAGCAGCUGGGCCUGGAGCUGUCUACUGUCUCCAACUUCUUCAUGAACUCACGCCGUCGCUGUACAGACCGCUGGGACACAGAGGAGCAUGGUCAUGGGCUGCACAUCCAUGGGCACACUAACCACGGAAACAGCAGCAACAACAACCCCUCGCAGAUUCAUCCUGGUACCUCCUCUGCUACCACUUUCUCUAAGGCCUGACGGAGACAGGGCGAACUGUUGAACACAUGAGGAUGGAGGGGUGGGGGUGUUUGUCACUAAAGCAGGAGGCUCUAAUUCCAGUCCUGCAGAGCUACAGGUGUAGCUUCAAACCACUCAUCUGAUUCAUCUGCUCAAAGUGCUGAUCACUUGUGCAGAUUAAUCAGAGCCUCUCAAUGCUGCAUGUGUGUUCUUUUGAGGUAAAAUGUAUUUCUAAAUGUGACUCUUUAAACCAAAGAUCCAGUAGCUUUUAAGAGAGUCACACUCAUACAAUCACAUGUGGCUCUUUUUUAAAAUCCACCUGACAACCAAAGAACCCCCUAAUCACACGGUGGGUCUGUGUUAAAGUCUCGUGAAGGGAGGAUUUAGCUUUAAGACGCUAACACACCAAAGAAUAAAUAACAAAUCACUUUAAGACAGGAAACUCUGAGCUGCCACGCGUCAGUCAUCCCCAAUCAACCAGAAAUCAGACAGCAGUUGCAUUUACUAGGCUGUGAUCAAACACUCUUCAUUUCAGUAACGCUGAUUGAGAGCUACGUUUGUGUGUCAAGUGUCUGUUGACCCGCUAACCACAUACCACAUUGCGGCUCCGCAUCACUGCACGUGUGUGUCAUGCGUGUGCAUGUGCGUAAUGUUCACAUGCUGUGUGUGAGCUGUAAUUCCUCUGCAGUGAUCCGGAUUUCUCCCUUUGAGAGUUACAACGCCACCUGCUGUACAUUUAAAGCAAAUCUGAUCAUGAUGUAGAGAAGAUUUCUAUCAGGACUUGCACAUUAAUACUUUGUUUGAGCGUCAGUGUAGCUCUUCAAACACAGACCUAACAGACAAAAUGAUAAAACACAACAAACUCUUUGAUACAUAUUUGAAUGUUUGUUUCUCGUGUAAGGCAACAUGGCCGUAGAUUGUGUAGAGAGGUUAUUUUCAGGUUACAAAUGGAGAACAAUCAAACAGGGAUGACACUCCCAACAUUUAAAAAAAGGUGGAGGGAGUGUGGGAGGAGGGUCUGCUCUGUUCUAGUGGCCAAACUUUGAGGUCAAAUGUCACAAUAUAGGAUCCUGAGUGCCAAUGAUGUUUGCCUCUUUAUGAUAAUCAGAGAACAGGUGCGACCCGCUCAGUCACCAUGCACCCCCCCGCCACGUCUGACCUGUGUCGUUACAACUGCGGGAACGUCGCCUAUUCCAUACCUCAGAAACACAUUGAUGUGAUCGACAUGAAACACAAUGAAAAUGACUGUAAAUAAUCUUUAAUUUCUUCUCUGUCUUAUGUAUUCUCUAUUUAUCUAUCUCUUGCUACUCCCCCUGUUGUGUCCUUCUUCUUUUUUCCCUCCUUAACUAUUGAUGCGGGUAAUUAUAGUACCAUAGACACACGGUUUCUCUCACGUGACUAUUGUGCUAUGUUGUGCUGAAACUAUAUGUAAAGAAGCACCUUGUGGACAAAAUGUACGGACUUGAAGAAGAAAAAAAAUCAACAUGUCAUUGACUGAUCCUAUGCACAGACAGGAAGGGACGUGACAUACUGUGCAUAUUUGUGAAUAUGUGUGUGACCUCUGAACUUUAAACUCUUUGAACUUGGCUGUCACUGCAUACCUCUGCUGAUGGUGACUUUUUUUGGAUACCAUGAGAGCCGCCUCAUUUUGUUUGUGUAUUUAAGAAAUUGGAUUUAUUAUGUGUGGGCAAAGCCACUUGUUGUGUAGCAUCUUCUAGCGGGAGAUAAUCAUAUUAGAGAGGAGACGCAGACAGGAAGGUGCAGCAGGGGAGGCGUGAGCUUCUGAGGCCCAUCAUGAGACUGGA